AUGACAAAAAGUAAAACAAUUAAAUCAAAUAAAAAAUCAAAAGAUCCAAAAGCACCUAAACGUUAUCGAUCAGCUUAUAUUUUAUUUUCCAUUGACAAACGUUAUCAAAUUAAAAAUGAAAAUCCUGAAUUAUCUCCAAAAGAAAUUCUAUCAGAACUUGGUGCUCUAUGGAAAUCUGCUGAUCUACAAACAAAAGAAUAUUUUCAAAAAUUAUCUGAUAAUGAAAAAGCUGAAUAUGGACAAAAAUUAAAUGAUUAUCAAAAUGAAAAAACAGCAAAAAAAGAAAAUUCUCAAAAGAAUAAAUCAAUUUCUAGUCAAGAUAAAAAUCAAUCAAUGGAAGUUAAUUCAUCACAAUAA